AUGGGGUCUCGCAUUCCGAGAAGAGUGUUCUUCAUACUAGGACCCGGGACAAUAUCCAUUGUUGGGAUCAUAGAUGUCGAUGUGGUCUCUCGAAUUGAUAGCGAAAGCGUCAGCGCAAUCGUCGACGACGUCAUUGAGGACCAGGGUCCCGAUAUCAUCGAAGAUGCUGUCGAUCUCGACGAGGUUGUCGUCGAAAAGAUGGGCUCCGACGACAUCGAUGGUGUCGAUGGUGUUGCCGACCUCGUUGAGUGUGUCAUUGAGGAUUAUGGACCCGAGGGCGUCGAGGGAAGACAACCCCAGAACUGCGCGGCAAUCAGAACACCCGAGCUGGUGGCGCCGGGAGUUGGAUCGGUGAUCUUGUCUGAUUAUGCCACAAGGCAUCUGAACGGGUUCGCCGUGCUUCGCCUGGAUAUGUCUAGCGAGGUUGGAUGGAGUUGA